ACACUGACCUGUGUCUGCUAUCUGUCUCUACGUGGCCUUCACCAGUGCUGUACGUAUUCCAGUAUGGCUAGUGUUCAGUGAUCGCGCGACACUACCUUAACUAAUAUGAUGUAGCUUGCAUUAAUCUCUUCAAUAUUUGAUUCAAUAAAUAAAAGAAAAGUGACUCCCGUAUCUACCGUUAUCAAAAGCGAAAAAAAGAAUAUGUGCUUUGUGUGCUCGUCAAAAAAUGGCAAUUUUUAUGAAAGAUGUGGAAUUACCAAAUAUUAUUCCUAAGUUGCUGCUGGAGAAGCAUGUUAACUACCUAAUUUCAUAUGGAAUGAAUAAGGACGAUUAUACAUACUGUAUGACAGAACACAUACGAAUGUCAGGUAUUUAUUGGGGCCUUACUGCUCUUGAUCUCAUGGGUCAGCUGGAAUGUACAAGUAAAACCGAAGUCCUUGAGUUUAUUGAGAAGUGUCAAAAUGAUUGCGGAGGCAUUAGUGGCAGUAUAAAUCAUGAUCCUCACUUACUCUAUACCUUGAGUGCUGUCCAAAUAUUAAGCAUGUACGAUGCUUUGGAUGUCAUUGAUGUGGAGAAGGUUGUCAAGUAUGUGAAAGACAGACAGCAACCUAAUGGCAGUUUUACUGGAGAUAUAUGGGGUGAAGUGGAUACCCGAUUUUCAUUCUGUGCAGUUGCCACUCUUUCACUCUUGGGACGUUUGGAUGCAAUUGAUGUUAACAAAGCUGUUAAAUUUGUAAUCAGUUGUAUGAAUUUUGAUGGUGGUUUUGGUUCGAAACCGGGUUCAGAAAGUCAUGCAGGUCUCAUUUAUUGCUGCCUUGGGUUUCUUUCAAUAACAGGACAUCUUCACGAAGUUGAUGCCGAUCGACUUAGUUGGUGGCUCUGCGAAAGACAAUUACCUUCUGGCGGUCUAAACGGGCGUCCAGAGAAACUUCCGGAUGUAUGUUACUCCUGGUGGGUCCUUUCCUCACUCGCGAUUCUAGGUCGGCUUCAUUGGAUCGACAAAAAACAACUAGUGGAUUUCGUCUUAGCUUGUCAGGAUGUAGAGACUGGAGGUUUCAGUGAUCGUCCUGGAGACAUGAGCUCCAUACAGAGCGCAUGGGUCUAUACUAAAAAAAUAUUCUUCAUCGAUUGGUUUCUGACAACUACUGCAAAGGUUAGAACUAUGUCAAUUGGGAUUUUCGAGACCGCGGUGACCGAGAAAUAUUCCCAUAACUUAGCGUAUGGUGGUCAUAUUACAGUUAAACAACAUUUGUUUGUAACUUAAAAUAUGCCUAAAAAUACCCCAAAAAUCUCAAAAUGUUUUGUUAUAUUCUUAGAUGAAAAAAAAUUCCCCAAAAACCCUAAUUUUUUGCCCGAUAAACGGUUUGCUCCAUCUUAAACCGUAUACAUGAGUUAAUUGUGUCGGACGCGUUUUCAAUGAGGGAAAGUGUUUAAAAGCGGCCGGCAAAACUCGUACUUUGUCGUAA